GUUUGGCGUAUUUGAGCAGGUUGCCUGGUGAAGGCUCUUUGUGACAAUCAGCUGGAGCUCAAAAUCACCGACGAGGAUAUCCUGUGUGUUCAGAUCGCUGGUCUGUGUCAUGACUUGGGUCAUGGUCCAUUUUCUCAUGUAUUUGAUGGCCUUUUUAUUCCUAAAGUCAAGAAAAUAAAACAAUCUAAAGGCUUGCCUGAUGACAUCCCUGAAAAGUGGAAACAUGAGCAGAUGUCAGUUCUGAUGUUCGAUGACAUUGUGAAGAGUCUGAAGGCUGAGAAUGAAGACGUGUUGAAAGAACAUGGACUGGAUGAUAAAGACAUGAUCUUCAUUAAAGAGUUAAUCGAAGGGGCAAAAACCUCAGAGUGGACAUACGAGGGCAGAGAUGAAGACAAAUCCUUCCUGUAUGAGAUCGUGGCAAAUAAACAGAAUGGCAUCGAUGUGGACAAAUGGGACUAUUUUGCACGAGACUGUCAUCACCUCGGCAUCCGAAACAGUUUUGAUCAUCAGCGUCUGCUGAAGUUUGCUCGAGUCUGUGAAGUGAACGGAAGAAAUCACAUCUGCUUCAGAGACAAGGAGGCUGAUAAUGUUUAUGACAUGUUUCGCACCCGAUACACUCUCCAUCGCCAGGCCUAUCAGCACAAGAUCUGCAACAUCAUCGAAGACAUGUUUGCAGAAGCUCUCGUACGAGCUGAUCGUGAUCUUCAUGAAGGAAAACCUGAAGAUAUGCUGAAGAUUUCUGAAGCCAUAAAAACAGCAGAGGACUACAGCAAACUCACAGAUGAGAUCUUUGAGCAGAUCUUGUCCUCCACUUCUGAUAAACUGAAGGAAUCUCGAGACAUCUUGAACAAGAUCAUCAGAAGAAAACUGCCAAAGUUUGUUGGAGAAGCUCGACUGAGUGAGAAACACAUCUCAGAGGAAGAGCUGAAAAAAACAUGGAAAGCUGCAGUAGAGAAGUACAAACCUACAGACCCCACUGUUUCUCUGAACGCUGAUGAUUUACCACUUUAUGUGGUUGAUCUGGAUCACGGCAUGAAGGACAAAAACCCCAUUGAAAACGUCUAUUUCUACAGCAAGAGGAAACCCAACGAAGCUUCUGUCAUUAAGGAUCAUCAGCUGUCCAGUUUCCUGCCAAAGAGGUUUAAUGAAGAGCUGGUCAGAGUUUACUACAAAAACACUGAUGGGAAUAAAGAGGAGCAGAUGAAGAAGAUGGAGGAGGCUGAGAAGUGCUUUCAGAUCUGGUGUGACUCCAAUUUUGGACUCCAGUAAUGUGCAUAUGAUUUAUAAUAUAUGAUUUUUAAGGUUUUUUGCUGCACAAUCAGUUCAAGUGUCUGUAAUUUCACUGAUUGUUUAAUUAAUAAUCUACAGGGACACUUUAUUUACAAGGAGGCAAAAGAUCAAAUAAAGCUUGCUCACUUCCAUGUUUCUAAAAAAAAACAUGCUGACAGAGAAAAACUAUAAUGGAAAAUAAAUAAAUGAGUAGUAUUGAUAGUAUAAUAAUAUCAAAUGAAUUAAGCACACUUUAAUUCAUCAGCGGAAAGUUUUUCACUGUAAUACAUGAAGAGUGUCCAGCAGAGGGCUCUAGUGCUCUUCAUCUGGACUUUUAUUUUGUAAAUGUUUCCUGAGUCACUUUGCACCUGUGUCUGUUAUAACACUCUGUCUGAUAUUAAUUGUAGAAUUAAUCAUACUGUAAUCUUGAGCUUAGUUUGCUUUGCAUUUGUCUGUUUAAAGCACAAACUUCUGUGUCUAAAUUAAAAUUAAUAUCUAAAUUAAAAAUUAAGACAUACUAAAUUGUAAUUAUGAGAUUGAAAUUGACAUGACAGGAUGGAAUUGUGAUUAAAAAAAAAUCAUGACAAAACAAAGUUGUAUUUCUGUAUGUUACAUAAAGUCAAUUGACAUAAAACAUCAA